AUGGCCGCACCAAAUCCCUGCUCGCUGACAGAGGUCGCGUCGGACGCCGACUUUGCCAACUACACCAACAACCUCCCAGAGUCGAGCACGCUGCUCAUCUACUUCCACGCUCCAUGGGCCGAGCCAUGCAAGCAGAUGUCGACCGUCCUGUCCACUCUCGCCUCGACCUACACGGCCACUUCGCCGCCCACCAUCUCUUUCCUCGCGCUUGACGCCGAAGAACUCAACGAUGUCAGCGAGCACUACGACGUCACCCAAGUCCCAUACAUUGUUAUCCAGAAGGCCGGCAAAGUCCUCGAGACCAUCUCUGGUGGAGACGCUUCUCGUGUGCGCGCUGCCGUCGAGAAGCAUGUCGGUUCCGGCAGUGGCAACGCUGGCGGCGCAGGCCUGCCUCCGGCACAGCUCGUCAACAAGCCAGAAGGAGGCAGCGCAAAGAACCUGGCAGCCUACGCACCCUCAGCAAACGACCAAGCCACCGCUCCCGAGUACUCGGCUUCCGAGGCCAACCCCGAGACAAGCAAGGAGGAAUUGAACAACAGACUCGGCGAGCUGGUCAAGGCCGCUCCCGUCAUGCUCUUCAUGAAGGGAACGCCUUCUGCUCCCCAGUGUGGUUUCUCGCGCCAGACAGUCAGCCUUCUUAGAGAAAAGGGCGUCCGUUAUGGCUUCUUCAACAUCCUGGCCGACGAUGACGUGAGACAGGGUCUCAAGGAGUUCGCAGACUGGCCUACCUUCCCUCAAGUUUGGGUCGGUGGCGAGCUGGUCGGUGGUCUUGAUAUCGUAAGUCCAUUCGCCAUGUCUUCUAUAGCCGGAGCGUGUCCACUGACGUUAUUAUUCUUCACAGNNCUCAAGGAGGAGUUCGAGAACGACCCAGACUUCUUGGGCGACUACUCAGUCAGCGGCAAGAAGGGCGGUCCCGCUGCUUAA